AUGGAGGCCUUCUACCUCGACCUUCUCCGCUCCUGCGCGGCGCUGCCGCACGUCGCGGCCGUGCACGCCCACAUCGCGCGCGCCCACCCGACCGCCUCCCUCUUCCUCCGCAACUUCCUCCUCCACGCCUACUGCCGCCUCGGGGCGCCCCACCACGCCGCCCGCCUGCUCGACGAAAUGCCCCGCCGCAACGCCGUCUCCUACAACCUCCUCAUCGCCGCCUACACCCGCGCGGGCCUCCCGGGCCGCGCCCUGGCGACGUUCGCGCGGGCGCGGGCCGCCGCGGGGUUCAGGGUCGACCGGUUCACGUACGCCGCCGCGCUCGCCACGUGCUCGCGCGCGCUCGACGUGAGGACCGGGAAGGCCGUGCACGCGGUGGCCGUCCUGGACGGUCUCGGGAACGGGGUGUUCCUGUCCAACUCGCUCGCCAGCAUGUACGCCGCGUGCGGCAAGAUGGGCGAGGCCAGGCGCGUGUUUGAUGCCGCCGAGGAGCACGACGACGUCUCGUGGAACUCGCUGCUCUCUGGGUACGUCCGCGCCAGCGCACGUGAGGAGACGCUGAAGGUGUUCUCUCUGAUGUGCCACCAUGGCAUCGGGUGGAACUCGUUCGCGCUUGGGAGCAUCAUCAAGUGUUGUGCUUCCGGUGGUGAUGUUGGAGGGCACAUUGCAGAGGCAGUUCAUGGAUGCGUGGUGAAGGCUGGACUGGAUGCCGACCUGUUUCUUGUGAGCGCAAUGAUCGACAUGUACGCUAAGAGAGGCGCCUUGAUCAAUGCUGUCGCGCUUUUCAAGUUGGUGCCGGACCCAAAUGUGAUUGUUUUCAAUGCGAUGAUUGCAGGAUUCUCUCGUGAUGAAGCUGCCGUUGGUAAGGAAGUCAUUCGAGAAGCUUUGAGUCUGUAUUCAGAGAUGCAGAGCCGAGGGAUGCAGCCUUCUGAAUUCACAUUCUCAAGUAUUCUGCGUGCGUGUAACUUGGCUGGUGAACUUGGAUUUGGGAAACAGAUACAUGGUCAAGUACUCAAACACAGUUUCCAAGACGAUGACUAUAUUGGGAGUGCACUGAUUGACUUGUACUCUGACUCCGGUUGCAUGGAAGAUGGAUACAGGUGUUUCAGAUCUCUGCCUAAGCAAGACAUUGUCACCUGGACGUCAAUGAUUUCAGGGUGUGUUCAGAAUGAGCUUUUUGAGAAGGCACUGAGAUUGUUCCAUGAAUUAAUACGUUAUGGACUGAAACCUGAUCUUUUCACGAUGUCGAGCGUGAUGAAUGCAUGUGCCAGUUUAGCUGUUGCAAGGACCGGUGAGCAGAUCCAGUGUCUUGCCAUAAAAUCUGGUUUUAACCGGUUCACUGCCAUGGGGAAUUCCUUCAUUCAUAUGUGUGCUAGGUCAGGGGAUGUUGAUGCUGUGACUCGGAGGUUUCAGGAAAUGGAAUCACGUGAUGUUGUCUCUUGGUCUGCAGUGAUAUCAAGCCAUGCGCAUCAUGGUUGUGCGAGGGAUGCUUUACGCAUUUUCAAUGAAAUGAUGGAUGCAAAGGCGGCACCUAAUGAGAUUACUUUUCUCAGCGUCCUUACUGCAUGUAGUCAUGGAGGAUUGGUUGAUGAGGGACUCAGGUAUUAUGAAAUUAUGAAUAAUGAAUAUGGAUUGAGCCCAACCAUAAAGCAUUGUACUUGUGUUGUUGAUCUUCUUGGACGAGCUGGGAGGCUAGCUGAUGCUGAGGCUUUUAUAAGGGAUUCUGCCUUCCAUAAUGAUGCUGUGGUUUGGCGGUCUUUGCUGGCCUCAUGUCGUAUUCAUGGAGACAUGGAGAGAGGCCAACUUGUGGCGGAUCGGAUAAUGGAUCUGGAACCCGCUUCCUCAGCAUCCUAUGUAAUUCUUUACAACAUGUAUUUAGAUGCUGGCGAGGUGUCCUUAGCUUCAAAAACUCGAGACCUGAUGAAAGAGCGAGGCGUGAAGAAAGAGCCUGGUCUUAGUUGGAUUGAACUAAGGUCUGGGGUUCACUCUUUUGUUGCCGGUGACAAGUCCCAUCCAGAGAGCAAUGCAAUAUACAAAAAACUGGCAGAGAUGCUUUCCAAGAUAGAAAAGUUGGCGGGCACUGAUAGUGCUAGCACAGAGUCAUAUGGCGUCUCUAGCAGGGAGCAGAAUUUGGUGGGUUGCCACAGUGAAAAACUAGCUGUGGCAUUUGGAAUGAUCCAUUUGCCACAAUCAGCUCCGAUUCGAGUCAACGUCAAGGACUUUCCUGAUCUUGAUGCUGUAGUUUUUCGAAGUUGGAUGACAUUUCCACCCCUUACCAAUGUUGUAGCUCUGGGCCGUGACAACUUUGGCAAAUUAUUAUCUACACGUGGGGUACUGAAGUUUGAAACAGGCAGAGCUUUCCCAUCACAUAUUACGUCCACUUGUAAAAUCUCUAAGGAAUAUGAAGGUGGGCCACUUUUUGAUGUUCAUGGGAACUUUCUUGGCAUGAAUCUUUCGGCCUGUACAGAAGGAACCUUUUGCUUGCCAGAGGUAACACUUAGUGAACAGUGGAUUAACAUUAUAUGGCUAGAGGAUAAAUCUCCUGCAUACUUGAAUUCUUUUAAAAUCAGGGUUGGAGAAAGUUCCAAUGCUGUGAUUCCUAACUCUCAUCAUGAAGAUGACAUUAUUUUGGCUAAUAAUUUUGAAGAGCCUUUCGGCGAUAUAUAUGGUAAAGGUGUCUGGAGCAAACUAAGCCAAACAAUUGCCUCCAACAUGCAUGAGAAUAUCGUUGCACUUGCUUCAUUCAAUGGAGGAAAAAGGAUUUUUGCAUGCUCAGGCUGUUUUAUUGAAUGGAAUGGAUGUACCACUAUUCUGACUGCAGCGAGCUUGAUUAGAGAUUCUGAUUGUGAAUAUGAUAUUGUGAAAAACUUGAGGGUGGAUCCGUGGGACGUGAUCCUCGAUGUCCUGGGACAUUUUAAGAAGAAAAGGACCGUUGAUGAAGCUGGCCUUGAUGAUUAUGCGUCUAAUAAGCUUGACUGGACUAUUGCUGGUGAUCGCAGUGUCAUGCUUAAUAGGUAUUCUGAUGCAUCCAAUAAUUACUAUAAGUUCAAUGUCCUGUACUAUGAAUUUGUGGAUGGCAUUACAAAUACUCCUAUAUCACGCCGCCGCCUGCACCAUUUCAGAAUUGACACACGUGGCAUGCCAAUUCUUAUUCUUACAAAUGGCGCUUCAUUGACAUUUGACUUUGACAGUUCAAAUUACACUGGAAGGUCGGACAACCUUCCGCAGGAAGAAGCUUGGAACUUGGAGGCACCUCCACUCUCCCAGUCCCAUAUAAAUGGCCAAAUGGGUGUUUGCCCAGAGCAUCCAUCACCUGGCAUUCCAAAUUUCCAAUUUCAAACACGAGAGCAGUCAAGACUGUCAAGCAAGCACACAAACACCCAAUCGUCAGGAGAACUGGAGAAGCAGACCAGAGCCCAUAUGGGACUCUCCUGCAUGCCAUCGCUCGCAAAGGUGCUCCCCAAGAAGCCAUCCUCACCGUCGUCUUCCGUCAAGGACUCCCACGACGAUAUCACCAAGAAGCAGCAGCAGCAGCACAAGGAGCAAGGAGUGAAGCAGGAUGAGGGGAAAAAGAGGAAGAAAGAGCAGAGGAGCAAUCUUGACAGGGCCGCCUCCACCACUCCCUACUUCCCCUUCCAUUCUAGGCCAGGACUCCUCUAG